CGUCAGAGGCCAGCCCAUCAACAGGAGCUCCGGCGGAGUCGCAGCAACAGGGAGAAGAGGAGCCAACUUAAGACUUUCCAGUUCCGCUAGCGCGCCCAGACCAGCCUCCCCAGGCGGCCCCCUCACCGCCGUCCCCUGUGCGCACCGCUAUACGAGCGGUCCUGAAACGUAGCGCGGCUUUCUCAACACAUGUUGCUGAACUUAUAUCCCAGGGAGAUCACUGAGUUGUCCCUAAAGUAGCUCAGAGGAGGGGGGUGAAGCCGAAGAGCUUCGGCUAACCCGUUAGCUGGGUCCGAACGGACUGAAGCGAAGGGGAAGGAAAUGGAGCUGGACGACGUGGUGCUGUACCAGGACGACUCGGGCGCCUCGGACAUGAUGUCCGAGCGCGUUUCGGGUCUGGCCAGCUCCAUCUACCAGGAGUUCGAGCGGCUGAUCGGCCGCUACGACGAGGACGUGGUGAAGCAGCUCAUGCCGCUUGUGGUGGCCGUGUUGGAGAACUUGGACUCGGUGUUCUCCAUCAACCAGGAUCACGAAGUCGAGCUGGAGCUUCUGAAGGAGGACAACGAGCAGCUGGUGACACAGUACGAGCGAGAGAAAGCCCUUCGGAAGCACACCGAAGAGAGGUACAUUGUCCUGGAGGACUCCCAGGAUGGAGAGAAGAAGGAGCUGCAGAGUCGUCUGGUGUUGCUGGAGUCUCAGACGCGUCAGAUGGAGCUGAAGGCCAGGAACUACGCAGACCAGAGUAAGUCCCCCCCCCCCCCCCCCCCCCCGACUCAGCCUUCACACUCAUCCACUCACACCCCCCCCGACUCACAAUAG